AGGUACCAACCAGACCUUCAAUCCUAGAUCAUUUACAGUCGCUUGUGGUCCCUUGAACUCACUUUUCAACAUACUUAGCGGAGUUGAAAUGAUUGAAAAUUAAAUUUGAAAUGAUAAUAUUGAGUUCUGAGGACUGACGGGUGUCGAGGCGGCACGUGACAAACGCGCGCAAAAGUUGCUGGCAAUGUCUCCCGACGGGAAAGAUGACACACUGCGUCGCGCCAGAUAACACUUUGACAGAAGAAGCUUUUGCGUCGUGAUGUACCCAAAACCACAGUUCUCACCCGGGACGGCUUUUUGGAUCGGCUCGCUGCUCUUCUGGCACGCAGCGCUGUGUCAUGAUAAGACACACUCACACGCCGAGGACGAGCUCUUCAAGACGCUGUUCGCCGGCUACAACAAGUGGUCCCGACCCGUGCCCAAUAUCUCCGACGUGGUCAUCGUCAAGUUCGGACUUUCCAUCGCGCAGCUAAUCGACGUGGAUGAGAAGAAUCAAAUGAUGACGACCAACGUUUGGCUCAAGCAGGAAUGGAACGACUACAAACUUCGUUGGAGGCCGUCAGAUUACGACAACGUGACGUCCAUCCGAGUUCCGUCGCAACUCAUUUGGGUUCCGGAUAUCGUCCUAUAUAAUAAUGCAGACGGUGAGUUCGCGGUGACCCACAUGACCAAAGCUCACCUCUUCCACACGGGAGCGGUACGCUGGGUCCCCCCCGCCAUCUACAAGAGCUCGUGCAGCAUCGACGUCACCUUCUUCCCGUUCGACCAGCAGAACUGCAAGAUGAAGUUCGGCUCGUGGACCUACGACAAAGCCAAAAUCGACCUGGAGCGUCUGGAGGCCUCGGUGGACCUCAACAAUUACUGGGAGAGCGGCGAGUGGGCCAUCGUCAACGCGGUGGGCACCUACAACACCAAAAAGUACGACUGCUGCCACGAGAUCUACCCGGACAUCACGUACUUGUUCAUCAUUCGCCGUUUGCCGCUCUUCUACACCAUCAACUUGAUCAUCCCGUGCCUGCUCAUCUCUUGCCUGACCGUGCUGGUCUUCUACCUGCCGUCCGAUUGUGGCGAGAAGAUCACGCUGUGCAUCUCGGUGCUGCUCUCACUCACCGUCUUCCUCCUGCUCAUCACUGAGAUCAUCCCGUCCACGUCGCUGGUCAUCCCGCUUAUCGGCGAGUACCUGCUCUUCACCAUGAUCUUCGUCACGCUCUCCAUCGUCAUCACCGUCUUCGUCCUCAACGUGCACCACCGCUCGCCCAACACGCACGAGAUGCCCAAGUGGGUCCACGCCGUCUUUUUGGAGAUGGUGCCCAGGUGGCUGUUCAUGAGAAGGCCGGCGCCCAACGCCAGACGGAGGAGGUUGAUGACGGAGAGGAGGCGGGGCAGGGCGGCGGGGUGCGGGGUCAGCACCUCGGACGGGUGGAGAGCCGAGGAUUUGGAGCUGGGGACUUUGGCGUCGUAUUUCGCCUUCAGCCCGCCGUCGCCGAGGGGCCCGGAAGGAGUCGCGACCGCGUCGGACUUUACGCUAUCGCCCGCCGUGGUGCACGCGCUUGAAGGGGUGCACUACAUCGCAGACCACCUGAGGGCCGAGGACGCCGAUUUUAGCGUAAAAGAAGACUGGAAGUAUGUCGCCAUGGUGAUCGACCGCAUCUUCCUGUGGAUGUUCAUCAUCGUGUGCCUGCUGGGCACUAUCGGUCUCUUCCUGCCUCCUUGGCUGGCCGGCAUGAUCUAAACGUGAUUGUCUAUCAUUCAUAAACAGCCUUUUUUUUCCUGGAUGACUUUAUUAUCCGGCCAACUCUAAUCACGUGUGUUCUACAAUCCAUAUACAAUCGAGGUCAUCAUUAAAAACAAAAAUGUCUUUGUUGAGGAGAUGCCUGUUUUGUUCAGGGCUGGACGGGCUUGGCCAGGUUGGCGCGUACGCGGGCCUGGUCGACGGCGUCCAGCAUGUUCUUGCUGUCUACGGCCAGGCUGUGGGCGGCCGCCAGCAUCUGCUUGCGGCAUUCGUCCCGCAAUGACGUGAUGGCGUUCUGCUGCGCCAGACGCAUCUUGCUGAUUAGCUCCGCCAUGUCGUUGUUCAGCAGCUUCUGCGUGCCUUCGAUCUGCGCCGAGCCGGAAAAUAAA